AUACUAAGAAGUCUAAUCAAUUCUGGUUUCAACACUGAGCCUAUUUAAAAUAGAUAAUGGAAUUGCUGUUCCUUGUUCUGUUCUCUCUGCACAUUCUCAAGACAGAGGCAGUAGUUGGACAACAUUGGUGCUAUCUGUCGCAGAAGAACGAACAGCCAAGCUGUGAAGACCCUCGACACUGGCAUACAGUAGAUGCCAAAUGCAAAGGAAGCAAACAGUCACCCAUCAAUAUUGUCACCAAAAAUGUCAUUUAUAACAAGAACCUGACGCCGCUGCAUUUUGAAAAUUAUGAUGUGAAAGGGUCUUCAAAAUGGAAAAUAGAAAACAAUGGACAUACAGUUAAAGUAACAUUGAGCACAAACCCUAAAAUUGGAGGCGGAGGUCUAAAAAGAAAAUAUAAGGCAAUAGAAUUUCAUCUGCACUGGGGAGUCCAAGAGGAACAGCUCUACUUUCCUGGGUCAGAGCACAGCAUAGAUGGAGAAAAACAAGCUAUGGAGCUUCAUAUUGUCCACAUCAGAGAAGAUGUUUUGAAUUUAGCAGAUGCAAAGAACUUUACAGAUGGCAUAGCUGUGCUAGCAUUCUUUGUAAAGAUUGAUGAAGAAAAUAAAAACUAUGCAACUCUAAUAAGUGAAUUAGAUAAUAUUCCACAGAAAGACACGUCAUCAUGGAUGGAGCCUUUGCCACUGAAUUCUCUUCUCCCACCGGUAUAUGAACUUGAAAAGUACUAUCGGUACGAGGGCUCCCUCACCACUCCUGACUGCCACGAGACGGUCAUCUGGACAGUGUUUGAGAAGCCAAUUCAACUCAGUUUAUUGCAGGUUUCCCAUUUCUCAACAGUUCACUUCGAAGGGAAGAACUCAACAUUCAUGUCUGAAAAUUUUCGGCCUGCUCAGUUUCUGAAUGGUCGAUCUGUGUACUGGUCCAGCGCCAGCAGCCUCCUGCCUCCUGCUAAGGUUUUACUGCUGGCUCUCAUCCUUCCGUAUCUCCUGAAUUCUCUCUUCCAAUGAACAGUUCUCACCUCAUUCAAGGUUCUGGGCUUUUAUUCUGUUUUGUUUUUGUAUCAAGUAUUCUCUCUAACCACCAACUCCAUAAUCUGAAUAUAGAAUAUCCUCUCCUCCUCCUUCAUACACUAACCAACAACUUCUGUUGCUGCUCCUAUAUAAAAUGAAUCCAUUGCACUAAAUCAUAGAAAUUCUAAGGGACUGUAAAAUUAAACUAUGAAGAUUGACAUUUUAAAAACACUUAAGGAAAACAUUAGGAUGGAUUAUCAGCAAUCCUGUAGUUUUAACACAACAGUGGAAGGACACUUGACAAGUUACAUGGAGGACUUUCAGGAGGAAUCUCUUCUUAAGUGCCUACGAGGGUUUUUUUUUUUUUUUACUGGAGUAUGUUUACAUUCAACACUGAGAGUCAGGAAGACAAACGCCUGGAGGAAUUCUUCUUACACCUACAUUGUCCUACACAGAGGUAAAAUACAGAGCAUAAAAAUGCUCACAGAAUUGAACAACAUCUGGGUCGUUCUAUCCAGUGAAAGACAAGUCACAAACUCCUCUGUGCUAACACAUUUUUCCCCCUUCCUCUUUCAGAGUACCUAAAAAAAUAAUUCUUAGGUAAGGAUACUGCAUUACUUAUAUCCAACCUCUGAUUCUGCAUAUCAAGUUUCUCUACUGAAUCUAUUUAUUCAGCACAUUAUCACAUCCUAUUGCAGGAUGCCCAUGGCUGAUGCGAUGUGCUAUAAAGAAAAAGGGAAGCUUGUUCACAUACACAAAUUGCACAUCUGCAGAAAUUCCCUCUCUGUAGGGCUGUGUUUGGAGCACGAGGCUUUCAAGAUUCUUUACAGUUUUCAUUUCUAUAACGAAAUGGAACAGUUCAAGAAAUGGCUCCUUCCAGUAUCACUUUUUUAGAAACAUUUCAAUUUCAGUUUGAACAUUUCAGAAUAUUCCCACAAUUUUUUAAAGAAUAACAUAUCUUCAAAAUAUUCGUGUACGGUUAACAUUCAUCGUUUCAGUAAGAAGAUUUCAGUUUGAAUUGAUUUAUUCAGCUCUUACCCAGUUGCAUUCAGGAACACUCAAUAUAUUGGGGAAUGGGAUUUCCUUGCACCAUUCCAGCUCUCUCCCUGAAGACAGACAAAACUGACUGCUUUCUUCAGCUAGUGCCAUACACAUUGCAGCUGCUUUGAGAAUUCUAGAUUUCAGCCACCCCAAUAUAACACUUCAUUCCAGAGGAUACAGACUACUUUCUUCAGGGCAGUGUUUGCAAGGACAACCCUACACUACAGCUACACAGUCAUUUUCAGGAAAAUCGUGACAGUGCGACUAACUACAGAUCACCAAAGGAGAAAAGUUAUUUUCAUAUUUAACAAUCAAUAGCACGAGCUUUAAAAAAAACAUGGGAAAGCAAAAUUACCUUGCUACAUUUAGAAGAAUGGUUAAGACUUUAACUGUAUUUUUAAGUAACAGAAAAACUUCAGAGAAGCAAAAAUAAAAGAAACAUUAAAGCUGAACAGACAAACUA